AUGCGCGGCCACUGAGCCGCUGCUUGGCUCCGGGCGUCUCCGCGUCCACACUGCAGCCAGCAUGAGCCACCGAGACUCCACCAGCUCCAGGAGCCUCGACGCGACUCGCGAUGCCGCGCUGGGCGCCCUGUCGCCCGCGCCCCAGGGGAUUGAACUCAUGCCUGUCUGCUUGCAAGCCAGGCACUUAUGCCGCUGAGCUAAAUCCCCAGCUCCUUGAGAUAAGGUCUCACUACGUGAUCCAGGCUGGCCUUGAACUGCACUGAUCCUCCUGCCUCAGCUUCCCAAGUGCUGGGAUUACAGGCGUGAGCUGCCACACCUGACUUUCUUUCCACUUCUUUUCUUUCAUCCUCCCUCCAUCUCUCUGUCUCUGUCUUUCUCUCUCUUUUUAGUAAAAUUUCUGCUUAAAUUUUGCCGACAUUUUCCACUUUUUCCUCAUUUUCCAAGUGGGCUGCUAUAAAGACUUUGUUAACAUUAGGAAUUUGUAUGCUGGAGGCUGCGGGUUUUUUCUGACGGAAGAGAUAAGAAACAACGCAGCAUCAUUUUUACUGAGUGUUUUUUUUGGACAGAGUCAAGGCCACCAGGAAAGAGAGAGCAGGGAUUUAGUGCAGCACAGAAGUUAUUUAGAAACUUUUUCCUUCCUGGUUUAUCAUUUAUUGAUUGGAGAUCUUUUUAUAGUUGGUGAAAAAAUCAAAAUCACCGACUUCUUGUUUUAAAUCUCAGACACAUCUCAUAUUUUGGCUACGUGAUUACUUAUAUUUCAUUUAUUCUAGCAGUGGAUGUCCCGUCCCAAAUGUGGUUGGAAUGUCCUUGCAGAAGAGCAAGCGUGCGCCCAGCCUCGUAGUGCAGAGCGCAUGACUGUCCGCUGCUGCUCCUUCGUGACACCCCGGGGUGAAGUCCAGGGCUUCCCGUCCCCUCUACAACCAACAGGAACCCGCGGAGUUCAGCCCCCGCACGUAGGACAGGAAGAGAAGGCUGCUGCCACAGUGACUUGGACUAUUUUUAAUUUUUUUUUGUUUUUAAAAAGCAAAACAGAAAAAAGGGUAGAAAUAAUACAGAAUUGCAAAAAAAAAAAAAAAAACAAAAAACAAAAAACAUAAGAAAUCAACACUAGUUAAUAUAUUACAUAUCAUUACUUUAGAAGUAGUUGUUCAAAUUACAAAAGCUAAGCACAGAAAGUGAACAAUCAACAAUGACAAUGGCUCACGUACUAACAAAAACUUAGUAGCAUGGUUAUCUAUCUUGCAUACUUAAACAUCCAUACAGUUCCAUGUGUACACCUACAAGUUGUUCUUUCCUUUCCCUUUCAUUAUUAUAAUAUCUAUUGUACAUUUUGGAUUUUAGUACUCUAAACUUAUUCUCCUAUACAUGUUUCCAGUUUUUUUUUUUUAAGACAGGAUCUGACUUUGUAGUUCAGGCUGACCUUGAAUUCACUGUGUAGCCCAAGCUGGCCUUGAACUCGCAGCGAUCUUCCUGCCUCAGCCUCUCAAAUGCUGGGAUUGCAGGUGUGUACUGCCACGCCUGGCUCCAGUUAGGUUUUACUUAAUAAAGAAACUAACUUUUUUGGUACCAGGGAUCUAACUGACAGCCUUGCACUUGCCAGGCAGGCGCUUAUGCCACUGAGCUAGACUCUUGGCCCCGGGAAACUAAUUUUAAUAUGAAAAUUACUUCUUAAGAAUUUAAAUACAUUACUUAACUGUUAUGUGAAAGUAUAAAGUUAUACAUAAUAUGGGUUACUUUGUGAUAUAUAGAGGAACUGACAAAAAGGUGCAGACACACUUCAGGAAAAGAAAAAUAGUAAGUGUCUAGAAGCUAAAGGCCACCACUUCAAGUACCUGUUACAACUGUAGAGGCCAAAGGAAACUUGUAUCAAUCUCAUUAUGUCUCAACAAAUUUCAUAUUAAAAUAUUUAUGCAAGUUUUCCUUUCCCUGAAGUGAAUAUACACUUUUUUUGGCAGACCCUGUGUAUGCCACUUGCCCUGUAAAAAUUAGAAUAUUAUCAAUGAAGUCACAGUUCAGAGAGAAGAAGAAGGGCAGGCAGGAGGCUCAGGAAAGUUCUCCCAAGCAGGGAGAAGAGAAGCAGUCAGAGUGGGAGGAGUGAUUAGACAGGAGACACGCAGUUCAGGAGGUAAUGGAUUCACUGCAAGUUCAGGAAGAAAUUUUACUUGGGGCAAAGAAAUUGGAGGAUAGGGGAGAGUGCCCCAGGAGGAUUGAUCACUGGGCAGCCCUGAAAAUGUGUACAAAGAAAGAAAGAAAGGAAAAGAAAGAGAGAGGGAAGGAGGGAGGGAGGGAGAGGAAGCAUUCCACAGUGGAAGUUGUGGUCCAUGCAGUCAGGAAUAAUGCCGGGACAAAGGGGAGAUCAGUUAUGGGACGAGAUGAGAGCGGAAUGGAUUUAGAAGCUUUUGUAUGUCAGAGGCAGGCAGUGAUUUUCUUCUUCGUCUUCAUCAUCUUCCCCCCCCCGUGGGAUAAUGAGACGACUAAAUACCGCAGUAGCAAGGCUGGUCCGAGACAUUGUCCACUCAGGUCAGAUAAUUGGGCACAUUGUGUACUAAAUUAUGAAUAAGCUUAUCUUUGCUUUAUGCUACUGGACUUCGAAAUCAUCCUUUAUUCUGAAAAGACUAUGAGCCACCCUGUGAGGCAAUUUCAAUCAUUAUCAUAAUAAUAUCAGCAGCAGAAUCGAAUCAUAUGUAGUUGGCUCUCUGAAAUUAAUAUAAGAUUGCUUCAUGGGUUGGCUGAGAGGUACCUAAUAACUCAGAUUGUCCUCAUGUGAGCACAAAUGAAAGAGUUCUUAUCUUGCCAUUUUGAAGAGAGUAGAAAAAAGGAUUUUUUUUUAAAGAAGUGAAGACUGUUUAAUACGUAUAGGAAAAGUUGAAGAAUUUUCAAAAAAUGUUACAAACUCCCGGAGGGCAGAAUUAAGACUUGCCCCCAUGAAAUGCUGCUUUUCUGUGUUACCUACGGUUGUUUCUUUUGUCACUGUGUACCUCCUAAGUACACGAUAUAGCAGGGUUGGUGGCUUUUUAAUUGUGUUGGUCCCCCUGUCUUUUUUUUUUAGUUUCAGAAAGGAUGUUUAUUCUGAUGAUGAAAGUAAUACAAGGUCAUUGUAAAGAAUUUGGGAAAUAUGCAAAUUUACAAUAAAGAAAAUAAACUCUAGUCCUGUAACUAAGAGAUAACCACAGCCAACAUUCUUUGCAAUAUUUUUAAAAAACUAUUUGAUUGUACAGAUAAUGCAUGAAUAUAUCCUUCUUGAGAAAAAUUAAUCCAGUGCUCCUCCACCUCAGCUUCAAUACCAGCAUCUCCUGCUACACCCAAGGGAAGUAUGUUAUGUGGUAAUGUGGAGUCCGCCAGACCUUCCUUUUUUGUUUUUAACUAUGUUUGCAGGAAAUACUGUAUGUAGAGUGACACUUUCCCCUCUUGUGCGUAUUUUAUAAAGUAUUGAAUGAUAGGCCUGUAAUUUCUUAUUUUUAUUUAGUGAUAUAUCUUGGACCCCAACGUAAUUAUCUAUCUCAUACUCCCUGUUGCAUAGGUUGGAAAUGGCUUUAUUUAUGAUACUCUGUCAGCAAGAAUUUAAAUUGUUCCAAUAAUCCCAUCAUUUUUUUUUUUGCUAUCACGAAUUAUGGGGUAGUGAGUAUCCUUGCAAGUCUCUCUAUGGACAUGUGUGUUUUUCAGAGAAAGGGCAUUGGAUAGAGAGUUGCUGGAUCAGAGGAUAUCUGCCCUUGUUUAUGUAUUUCACGUGGUACUGAAUCUCAAACCCAAGACCUCACACAUGUUAGCCGAGGGCUCCGUUCCAGUUCUAUAAUUUAAUACAGUUUUAUCCACUAUGAACAUUUGAAGAUGCUAAUGAUUUGGUACUGUUCUGCAUUAGACUGCAACUUCAUAAAGUGAGUUUUAAUGUUUCUCAACUGUCUUGUCUGGCUAAUAAUAAAUUAUUCAAUACAUACAAUAUUUUUCAUUACAAUCAGAUAUAAAAUAAUGGUAUCACUACAUAAUUUCAACUUCCCCAAAAGAUGUGAUUAAAAGAAAUCAUAUAAUCCUUGGGGAACUUAUUUUCCUCAUGGUUUUUUCUUUUUCUUUUUUUUGAGAUUGGGCCUCACUUGCGGUUGGCCUUGAACUUGUGAUGGUCCCUCCUAAGUGCUAGGAUUAUAGGUGCCUCUUGGGUUUUAUAAAAUGGUGGGCCAUGAAUAUGAUGGUUGAAAGCUCCUAAGUGACCAGCAGCCUUAUGUGGCCUCCUUGGGAAGGUGUCAGUGGUGGGUGAGGUGGAGAAGCCUUUCUGACUCCUGAGUUGGGCUGAGCAGGACACGGCUGUGUGAUAAACGCCUUGCUUAAACUUGUCAGGCUGCUACCCUGGAGUGCACUCUACCUUAGAAGUGUGUGAGUGACUGGACAACACUGGCCGUUAUUUGGUGCCCGGAAGAUCUUGUUUGGUGUUUCGUGGACUGAAUGCUUGCUGUCGGGCUGAUGGCUCUCUGAUGACUUUUGCACGCCUGCGUGUUUUACGAGGCAUCUGACGGCAGCUGAGCAGUCUCUGGUAGUCUCUGUGGUUUUACUGCUGUGUCCCUUGAGAUCAUGGAGGUAUUUCAGGAAUUGUCCUUUAUGCAACCCCUUCACGGUCCCUCAAAAGUGAAUAUUUUUCUCAUAUGUCUUUCACAACGCCCACAGAGCUGGACCUGUCACAGAGGUGGGUGUGGGUUCUGUCCAGGCUGAGGAAUCAUUCUAGAGGGCAGCAGGCACACUGUAGGGGGGAGCGGAGGUCACAUGUGGUGACUCGCCUCCCAUACCACAUCUGCUCUGCAAGUAGGUUCAUUCUGCUCGUAUGUUUAGUUGUUAAGCUCCAAAAACUGGGAAAAAUUCUGGAUCAUGCCUUAUCUUGAAAAACUGGAAUGAUUUUGCCAGGCUGGAAUCCUUUUAUUUGUCUGUCUGUCUUUUUGUUCAUUUAUUCAGUCUGGCUUUGAAAUCACUAUGUAGCUAUCUUGCACUCACAGUGUUCCUCCUGCUUCAGCCUCCCGAAUGCAGGAGUAGCAGGUGUGCACCACCACACCCUGCUGGGAUCCAUAUAUUUUUGCACUAGCAACCAACAGUGGAGCUGAAAGCCGGCCACUUACAUAGGGAUAGACUUUCACGGUUGCUGUCUGAUGAAUAAAUGAGUCUAGAGAGUUAUAGAUCAUCAUUGCAGCCUGGAGACAGAAAGGUGAGAGUUCUUGUAGUUAUAGAUUGUAGUUCUUUGUUCUUUCUGGUUCUGUGCAGAGGUCAGAUAGCAUUUGAGUUACAUUAAGAAAUUUUAUAGGUAGCAAGGAUCAAUCUCUUUCUCUCCUUCCUUCCUUUCUUUUUCCCUUCCUUCUUAAUUUUCCUUUCUUCUCUUUCCCAUGCUUUUCCCUUCAUUUUUCUUCAGUGUGGGGGACUGAAUUCAGAGUCUCUCUCAUGCUCUCAACCCUUGAUCUAUGCUUUUAGCCCCUAUUUUUCUCUUGCUGUGCUGCCAGGUUGCCAGAUCUCACCACUGUCUUGAGGAGGCACAUUGAUCGCUCCUUGGCUGCCUUCUGGCUCUCUUUGAAGUUCGAGAACAGAAAAUAUUCCAACAUAUUUGAAACACAAUACUUCUAAGUCUUUGGGCAGCUGCACAGAAAGGUGUAUUUAAUUUUCUUUACAUUUCGUCUCUUGGGGGAACUCUACCAGGAAAUCGGUGAUCAUCCCUUGGAGAUCCCAGUCACUCGGGAACAAUUAAAUCACUACCGGAACAUGGCUGAAAAUGUUCGAAGUGAACUUGCAGCAACUUUGGUCAAGUUUGAAUGUGCGCAGUCUGAGCUUCGAGACCUUCACUCCAAAAUGCUUUCCAAAGAAGUUUGCUGUCAAGAGCUGAAGGCUCAAAUGGAGCACUACAAAGAAAAUAAUGCCAGAAAAUCAUCUCUUCUCACCUCUCUGAGAGACAGAGUUCAGGAACUCGAGGAAGAAUCGGCAGCACUUUCAACUUCUAAAAUCAGAACAGAAAUCACUGCUCACACUGCAAUCAAGGAAAACCAAGAAUUAAUGAGGAAAGUUGCACAACUGGAAGAGGAAUUACAAAAGUGUGCAAAGGAAAGCGAGGAGAGUAAGAAGCAGGUCUCCGAGAGCUGCAGGAAGCACGUGGACUUUCUGACUCAGCUCGGGGACUGCCUGGAUCCAGACCGGAAGGACCAGAAGGCAUCGGCUGAGGAUCUCAUGCUAAAGCUUCAAGAGCUGUGCAGGAAAAACACAUUCAUGAAAGGACAAAUUGCUAGUCUUGAAGAGACUAUAAAUGUCCAUGAGAUGGAGGCAAAAGCUAACAGAGAAACAAUCAUGAGGCUGGCGUCCGAAGUCGACAGAGAGCAGAGGAGAGCUUCCUCCUGGGCUGAAGAGAAGAAGAAGCUGAGCCAGGAUUUUCUCAGUGCUGUAGAGGCAAAAGAAGCUCUUGAAAGAGAAGUUAAGAUCUUCCAAGAAAGGUUGCUUGCUGGCCAGCGGGCAUGGGAUGCCUCAAAGCAGGAGCUGAGCCUCUUGAAGAAAAGCUCUGAAGAGUUGGAGAAGACUUUGAAAGCCAGUCGAGAUACAGUUGUGGCCUCACAAAGCCAGAGCUCCUCAUUUAGAGAGAAAAUCGCAGCCCUCCUGAGAGGCAGGCUGGGCACGACUGGGCCCACAGAAGACGCCAUUUUGGAGAAGAUUCGAGAAAUGGGCAGUCAGGAAGAGAGCAGGAAAAGGAUGGUCUCCCAGCUUGAAUCUCGAGUAUCUGAGCUUGCUGAACAGUUGGGAAGCGAGUCUGAAUCUCACCAAAAAACUCUACAGAGGGCCCAGAAAGCCGAAAACAAGUUGGAGGCUCUUCAGGGCCAGCUGACAGACCUGGAGGGAGAGUUGGUUUCUGGAGAUAUUUUGCGAGACAACUUGAAUUUUGAGAAACAAAAGUAUCUUAAGUUUCUGGAUCAACUUUCAGAAAAAAUGAAACUGGACCAGAUGGCUGCUGAACUUGGCUUUGACAUGCGUCUGGAUGUAGUUUUAGCUCGCAUAGAACAGCUGGUCCGCCUCGAGAGCAACGCGGUCAUUGAAAACAAAACUAUCGCCUAUAAUUUGCAGAGAAAGUUAAAGACUCAGAAAGAAAGACUGGAGAGCAAAGAGCUGCACAUGAAUCUUCUCCGUCAGAAAAUAGCCCAGCUGGAGGAGGAGAAGCCGUUGCGCACGGCCUUAGCUGUGGAGAGGGAUGAGGCCCAGCUCACCAUCAGGAAGCUGGAGAAGAAGGUGGAGAGGAUGCAGAAGGAGCUAAGUGCCUGUCGCCAGUCCAACACUGAGCUCAAGGCCAAACUGGCUGACACCAACGAGCUGAAGGUUAAAACUUUGGAACAGACCAAAGCUAUUGAAGACCUAAAUAGAUCCAGAGACAAGCUGGAGAAGAUGAAGGAGAAAGCUGAGAAGCAGCUAAUGUCUGCCAAGUCAGAAUUGGGUACCGCCGAGUAUGAGGCUAAAGAGGAGAAGGAAAGGGCGAGACGUAUGAUAGAAGUGGUGACCAGUGAAAUGAAGAUGCUAAAAAAGUCUCUUGAAGAAGCAGAAAAGAGAGAAAAACAGCUGGUAGACUUCAGGGAAAUAGUCUCCCAGAUGCUGGGCUUGAAUAUGGCCAUGCUGGCUCUUCCUGACUAUGAGAUCAUCAAAUGUCUUGAAAGACUGAUCCAUUCACAUCAGCAUCAUUUUGUGACCUGUACCUGCUUCAAAGACAUGACUGCUGGGCUGAACAGACAUCCACAAGCCCACCAGAAGCUUCUUCACUGAAACUUUUUAUUUCUAGAAGGGAGUGAAACCAAGAGGUAGACUCAAGUCUCAAUUUCACAGUGUCUCAUAUCUUUGAAAUUUGAUCAGCAUGUGAAUAUUGUAUACUUUGAUGAUGAUAUGGUGAGAAUGCAUCUUGGGAAGAGAAGGAUCUUCAAGGUGCCAGCCUAAAUGUUUAACAUGAAAAACACCUAUUAUUUACUUUGCUAGCAUUCAGAGACUGACAGUUCUGCUAGACUGGUGAAUGGGAUGAUAAAUUAACAUUGUUGGUCUCCAAGUGCCAGCAAAUGCUGAGUUGAUGUCUUAUUGGCCACUUUAACUCAUAAUGACCAUGUGGAGAAGCUUUGCAAAAAUUAUUUCUGAUAUGUACUUUUUUGUUUGACACACAAAAGGUGUAUUAUGGCAUACAAUGUGACAUUUCAAUUUAUGUAUAUAAUAUGUCAUCAUCUGAUGGGGGGACAUGGGGAAGAGUUAGUGUUUUUGUUGUACAGCUACUCUGGGGCUCCCGAAGGUGGCUGAAGGUUAGUGACAGAGCCGGAUGUGUGGCACAUUGGCUCUGCCUUGAGAGCUGCUCUGUCUCACUGAUUCUGGGUGCUUCUUUGGCAUGAAGAAGAAAAACAUCCCCAUGACUAGUAAUAAAUGGCCCCAAAUGGCAGAGUGAUAAGUGUAUUCUACUUUUAUAUUCUUUGAAAAGCAAUGCAACUAAUUUAUUUGGAUAAACUACAGAGAGGCCUGAGAUUCAAUAAAAAGCUUUGUUCUGAAUGCUCCUACCAGACUGUAUCUGGUAGUAAUUUUGAAUGUUGGAACAGGGAUAACAACGGUACUUUUUUCUCCCUGUGCUGGAGAUUGAACACCCAGGGCCUCACACAUGCAAGGCAGUUGCUGCACCUGUGAGCUACAUUUCCAGCCUCUUUUUAAAAAUAUUUAAAUGUAUCUAUUUUCUAUUUCAAAACGGAUCUCCCCUGUGUUGCUCAAGCUGGCAUUAAACAUUUAUUCUCUUGCUCCAACUGGGAUUAUAGGCACAUUCUAUCACACUUACCUGAUCUCAGAUCUUGAAGAAUGAAACCUUUUAUUAACCAAAACUGUAAGGUGAGGAGAUUCCAUAUGGUUUUAUCUACCAAUGCGUCAAGUACAUUUGUAGAAAAGAUGAUUUCCCAAGAUUGAGAUUUUAUUUUAACUCUCUAUGUUUAAAAUUUCUAUUGCACAAAUAUUUUCAGUAUACCAUAUUCUUAACAUCAGUGAGAGCUGGGAAUGGUGACUGAAUUCUCUAAUGCCCGUGCUUUGGUAGGUUUAGACAGGAAGUUGCAAGUCUGAGUCCAGCCUGGGCAGCUUAAUGACUUAGGGAGACCCCUGUCUCAAAAUAAAAAAGUAAAAGUAAUGGACUGAGAAUUAGCUCACUAUGAAGGCCCUGGAUUAGUUCCCAUCAUUGUAAGACCACAUCAAACCAAAAAAGCAUCAUGGAGUUAUCUGUUUUGAAUAAUUUUUUAUUUUGAAUAAUUCAUCUUAUUUUUACCACAUGCAAUGCAUUUUUUUUUUUUUGAUACCAGAGAUCAAACUCACAGCCUUGCCCUUGCCAGGUAGGCACUUAUGCCACUGAGCUAAAUCCCUGGUCAAUGUAUUUUUUAAAUAGUUUCUGAAGGAAGCACUAAUGUGUUAUUAAAGUGAAAAGCAGAUCUAGUACCCCCCAACAUUAUUAAGGGAAAAUAAAAAAUAUACAACUCUU